AUGGCGACUUCAGCGGAUAAUGCGGCGCACCGAAUUAUUAUUCAGUACUGCGUUGAGCGAGGUAUGACCCCUAUACAGACUAAAAAAGAGAUGGAAACAAUAGAAAGACACAAACACGUGUCUAGGACUUUAGUGUACACAUGGCACAAAAGAUUCAAGAAAGGCUGGACUGGUGAUCCAAUGAAAGAGGCGCGGGGAAGACCAUCAAAAAGUGAUGACAAGUUGAAGAGUCGGGUUUUGGACGUUAUCCGGGAAGACCGACGUUUAACUGUUCGUGAAGUCGGUGACACAAUCGGAAUAGGAAAAUCCUCUGUUCAGAGAAUUCUUUCUGACCUAUCGAUGACACGGCCUGAAGGAAAGCGCCAGUCAAGUGUUUGGAAAACCCCCAGCACGCCGCCUCCCAAAAAAGCUAAAGCUGUUAAGUCUAUGGAUAAAGUCAUGUUCAUGUUCUUUAUGGACAACCAAGGCAUUAUCUUAUCUCACGCAGUGCCAAAUGCACAACAGUAA